UUAUCGUUGUUAAACCUUAAUCCGCGUAUAAAACCAAAAAAAACAACAUUGACAUAAUUAGCUGUCACUCAAUAUUAAGUUUACUCGUUCUUCUUAUUUUCAUACAUUUAUAUAAAUAAAUUCCACCACUUUACUUAUUCUUUGUUUACACUUGCUCACGUCUUACACCCAUUCUCUCUCUGCCGAAUCAAAUUGGAGGAUUAUUGUAAGAAAUUUGGAAGAUUAUUUAGAUUGAAAUUCAUUUUCAUCAUCAUCUUUCUUCAAAAAGCUCAAUUUCAUUUCGACGUUUGAAGUUUCGUUUAUAUUUGCUUCAGAAAAUUUCAGAUCCAAAAUCCUCUCUGGUGACACUGGCGAGUGAUAAAGAGAUGACUGAUCAACGAGUCUACCCAAGAGAAUCACCACCGGAUUCUGGUGAACACUCGAAUGCUAAGCUGAUGGCGAAUUCUAAUUCACCUUCACCACCAGUAUCAGGUGAGCAUCAGCGGCAUGGGCGGAACAUGAGUCAAGACUCAUUCGCCUCCUCUAAGAUGAGUUAUGGCUACGGUUAUGGUCCUAACCCUGGAACUUACGUUGUGCAAAUACCCAAGGAUCAAGUAUACCGCGUCCCACCACCAGAAAAUGCACAUAAGUUCAAGCUCUACACCAAAAAGAAGGCUGGCAGAAAGGGGUGCAGACGUUGUUUUUGCUGCAUAUUCGCUGGAAUACUCAUCCUUGCUGCUCUACUCGCCGUCACCGGUGCAGUUUUAUACCUUGUCUACAAACCUAAGGCUCCUAGCUACUCCAUUGAGAGUGUGCACGUUAAAGGAGUCAACCUCUCAACAAUCGCAACAUCCUCAACCAUUACUCCGGUGUUCAACGUAACGUUGAAGUCCACGAAUAACAACGGUAAAAUCGGGAUUUACUACGAACAAGGGAGCUUGAUUAAGAUUUACCAUGAUGGGUUAAAUCUAUGUAAUGGUAAAUUGCCAGCCUUCUACCAGCCCCCUAAAAGCUCAACGGUUUUUUCAACAAAGUUAACGGGGGCUGGGAUCGUAUUGUCCGAGUCAGCACGUGACAAACUGCUCACACAACAAAAGAAUGGAAAGGUACCAUUAGACAUUAACGUUAAGGUCCCUGUUAAGAUCAAGAUAGGAUCCAUUAAGACAUGGACUAUCAACAUCGAGGUUUCGUGUGGUGUAACGGUUAACGCGUUGGCGACGAAUUCCAAGGUUGUAUCAAAGAAGUGUAAGGUUAACGCCAAGCCAUGGUAAUGUGGGUAAGACUGUACCCUAAUUGACAAGAGCUCUUUCAGGCAUAAUUGAUGGUUUUGGUGGGACCUAAUCAAAAUUGAUUGACAAGAAGAGGAUGACAAAUUAUGGAAUGAUCUUCUUUAAUCCUACCUUGUGUUAUUUUAUUCUUUGUAAAACAUUUUUUUGGGAAAACUUUGUUGUUAAAUAUUUGAUGUUUAUACUACUGAAUUUAUGCAUUCAAAAAUUGAGGGGGUGUUUUCUCAAGUGAAGAUGGAAAACAAGAAAGGCAAAGUAAUAGAGUUAUACAAAAUUUGAGGACAUAUGUAUAAUUUACGCAAUAAAUGAUAAUGUUUUGUCAUGAAA